CCGCCAAUGCUGAGGAAUCUCAAACUCACAUCCUUUCCUUCGGCCCAGUUUUCUCUUCCAUUCUCUCUUUCUUUCCUACAUAUUUGUACUCCAGUGUAUGAGUGUGUGACUGACUGACUGUGUGUUUGUUUCUCAUGCUCUUUGUGCCUUUGCCACCUUCUUGUUAUAACGUCUGAACUCGCAAACCAAACUAUAGUUGCUUGGUUUUCCUCUACAAACAAAACCCACUUCAGCUUUUGGGUGUUAUCUAAAACUGAGGUAAAGAAAAGAAAAGAAAAGAAAAGAAAAAAGCAUCAAAAUGAAGUAUGUGUUGGUGACUGGUGGAGUGGUUAGUGGCCUUGGAAAAGGAGUCACCGCCAGUAGUAUUGGCCUGCUUCUCAAGGCCUGUGGCCUUCGCGUGACUUCCAUUAAAAUUGAUCCUUACUUGAACACUGAUGCUGGAACAAUGUCCCCUUUUGAGCAUGGAGAAGUUUUUGUGUUAGAUGAUGGCGGUGAGGUGGACCUGGACCUUGGAAAUUAUGAAAGGUUUCUAGAUAUCAAGUUGACACGCGAUCAUAAUAUCACUACCGGAAAGAUUUACCAGUCUGUUAUUGACAAGGAGAGAAGGGGAGAUUAUCUGGGGAAAACUGUACAGGUUGUCCCUCACAUUACAGAUGCCAUUCAAGAGUGGAUUGAGCGGGUAGCAAGGAUACCAGUGGAUGGAAAGUCAGGUUCACCUGAUGUUUGUGUCAUAGAAUUGGGUGGAACUAUAGGAGAUAUUGAAUCCAUGCCGUUUAUUGAAGCAUUAGGCCAAUUCUCGUAUCGUGUAGGGACCGAGAACUUUUGCUUGAUUCAUGUCAGCCUUGUGCCUGUUUUAAAUGUUGUUGGUGAACAGAAAACAAAACCAACCCAGCACAGUGUUCGGCAACUAAGAGGCCUGGGUUUGACGCCACAUAUCUUAACUUGUCGUAGUACAGCGGCACUUGAGGAGAACGUAAAAGUCAAAAUCUCUCAGUUUUGCCAUGUCCCGGCAGAAAACAUCAUCACUCUCUAUGAUGUACCCAACAUCUGGCACAUUCCUUUGCUUUUAAGAGAUCAGAAGGCCCAUGAAGCAAUCUUGAAAGUGCUGAACCUUCUGGGUAAAACUGGCAAGCCUGCAUUAGAUGAAUGGAUUUCAAGGGCUGAAAAAUGUGACAAGUUGCAUGAGCCGGUCCACAUUGCCAUGGUUGGGAAGUAUACAGGCCUUUCAGAUUCCUACCUCUCUGUACUGAAGGCUCUUCUGCAUGCUUCUGUUAGCCACGGCAAGAAACUCUUUGUAGAUUGGGUUCCAGCUAGCGAUCUUGAAGAUGCAACUUCAAAAGAGAAUCCAGAUGCUUAUAAAGCUGCUUGGAAGUUGUUGAAGGGUGCAGAUGGUGUUCUUGUUCCAGGAGGGUUUGGUGACAGAGGAGUGCAAGGGAAAAUUCUUGCAGCAAAGUAUGCCCGAGAAUAUAGAGUUCCAUUUCUUGGCAUUUGUCUAGGAAUGCAAAUUGCUGUCAUCGAUUUUGCACGAUCUGUUCUUGGUCUGAAAGAUGCUAACAGCACUGAAUUUGAUCCCAAUACCAAGAAUCCCUGUGUUAUAUUUAUGCCUGAGGGCUCAAAAACACAUAUGGGAGGCACCAUGCGCCUUGGAUCAAGGAGGACACUUUUCCACAUUUCGGACUGCAAAUCUGCAAAACUAUAUGGAACUAGAAGCUUCAUUGAUGAGAGACAUCGGCAUAGAUAUGAGGUGAAUCCUGAUAUGGUUGCACGCCUUGAAAAAGCUGGCCUCUCUUUCACUGGCAAAGAUGAAACUGGUCAACGAAUGGAGAUUGUCGAACUACCUAAUCAUCCAUAUUUUGUUGGUGUUCAAUUUCAUCCUGAAUUUAAAUCGAGGCCAGGAAAACCUUCUCCUUUGUUUUUAGGACUUAUAGCAGCAGCAUGUGGGGAAUUGGAUGUUGCCUUACACAGCUGUGGGAGCCAGAGGAUUGUCACGAAUGGAGCAGUCAAUGGUCCCAAGAAACUCAAAUGCCGAAAUGUUACUCCAGCUAAGUGCACUAAGGGGUUGCCUGAUGGUGUUUAUACCAAUGGCAAUGGGAUCUACUUGUGAAGGUUGUUGGUGCCUUAUGUUAUAGGAUCCUCUCUUUGUGGUGUGGUUGGUAGGUUUUGUGAGGCCUUAACAGAAGAAAUUUAGGAUUGUCUGUACAGUAAUUUGGGUACCGGUAGGUAUAGCUUUCCAAAGGACUCAUAGAGCAGCAUUCUCCCGGUCUUUUUAACGGGAUAGCUUGUUAUUGUUGUAUUUCAUGAGAAGGUAUUGAGAGUCACCUCUCUUUGCACCAUUAUUUUUAUCAUGUUUUGGUGCAUUUAUUGUAUCCUAAUUAUGUCUGGACUCUUGCAGUAUGUACUCUGUAUACACUGAAGUUUGUGCAAUGAACUGUUUCCCUUUCCUAAAAGAAUUUA